AUUGUAAUUUAUCAAAGAUCAACGAUUCUUCCUGUAAUUCUGGGCAGGCACACGUUUGAACAGCACGCUCGCGCUCAAGGACCCCUCAGCAUCCGAACAUGGCGGCGGUCACAAGGCUGUGCUGUGUCCUCCGGUUGUCAUUUGAAGGUGUCGGAGCACUGAGAGCUCUAGGGGGCGCUGCUCAACUCUCCCACUUGGCAAGACGCAGUCCUACCCAGUAUGCUCCAGUCACUGCCGCCCUGCAGCAGAACAGACAUUCAAGCUUCUUCAACAAAUUGACAGCUGAUGAGCUCUGGCGGGGUGUCUUAGCCGAGUCUGGUGCUGGUGCCAGAAAGGGAAGAGGAAAGAGAACCAAACGUAAAAUGAAGAGAGAUCUCAACAGAGGCCAGAACCUUGGAGAAGGUCGUGCUGGCUACUUGUGGCCCGGUCUGAAUACUCCGGUUUAUAAGGAUGGGUCCAUCCAGAAACCCUCACAACGGGGAGAGGCAGAGCAGAAGGAGGUGGCAGCAACCCUGCAACGCCAGAGGGAUGAAUGGGAAAAACGUAGGAAGACCAAGAUAAAGAAAGAGAGGGGCUGGACCGGCUACUCCUGGGGUGGGAUCAGCCUGGGCCCUCUGGAUCCGGGACCCAAUGGAGAAACUUACGAAGAUUUUGACUCACGCGUGAUAGAGGUCAAGAGCGUGUUUAACGUCACAGCCAAAGAGAGUAGGAAGAGAUCCAUCAGUGCUCUGGUCGCUGUGGGCAAUGGAAAUGGAGUCGCAGGGUUUGCACUGGGGAAAGCAGCAGACAAGAACACCGCACUUAGAAAAGCAAAGAACCGAGCCAUGCAUUAUCUCUACUACAUUGAGAGAUACAACAACCAUACCAUAUAUCAUGACAUUGAGUCCAAGUUUAAAAGGACCACGCUCAGAAUGAAGAAACAGAACAAAGGUUAUGGUCUGCAUUGUCAUCGGGCGGUGAUCACUCUCUGUAAACUGAUUGGGAUAGAGGAUAUGUACGCAAAAGUAGAAGGUUCGGUCAACCUCCUCAACAUCACCAGGGCUCUCUUCCAUGGCCUGGCCAAUCAGGAGACUCAUCAGAAUCUAGCUGAUAAAAAGCAGUUGAAUGUAGUGGAGUUCAGGGCCGAACAGGGCCCUCUGCCCAUCGUGGUGGCGCGACCGCAGCUCGGUGCCCGUAAGGAACCUGAAGUGGAGGACGAUGUGCCCAACACGCGUCUGCACUGGGCUGACGUGAAGGCCGCACAGGGCGUUAAGAGAUCAGUGUGGGCAGGGGUUAAAAGAACCAUCUGGUGAUCUGAAUGGUGAUGUCCUGCUAAAACACACUGCAGGCUGACUCUCUAAUACAGAACUGACAACCGUUUGCUGGGGAGAGUGUUGGGGCAAGUGCUUGGAUUGGAACCAUGCUGCUAAACUACCAUUUCACCAAACAGUAAAAGUCCAGAAGUGCUACAUACCCCCAGAAAUGAGUGUUGAGGUGUCGCUAACCCAUGAAAGAGGAGCGUGGAAGUGAAUGAGUAGACUUUGUUCUCACUUACCUACACAUGACUUAUAACUUUAAAAGCACCAAUAAAUCUACAAUAAAACCAC